UUUUUUUUUUUUGAUUCCCCCUCUCUUGCUUGAUUAUUAUGGUACCCCGUAUACCACCAGCUUGUACAUGUACCCUCUCGGCUGUGAGUUAUCUUGGCAUUAAGCUCUUCUCCACCAUUUCCACACUCGUCCUUCCUCUUCGGUUGUUGCCCCUUUUUUAGGGUCUUACCCCCCCCUUACCUGCUUCCACAGCACAUGGUGGGCCGCAAGCCAAACUUCCACACCCAUGCUCUCAUCACAGUCAAUACGGAGGCCUGCUGUUCUCGUCUUUGUUGCCAUCGCCGUUUUACUAUGUCUGAUCAAGUUCUCACAGUCGUUGGAUCACCACCCGUGGAGAUCCAAGCACGAUGAUAGCAACCGUCAGGGACAGCCGAUACAGCAACCGAAGCCAGAAGAGCAACCGAAGCCAGUAGAGCAACCGAAACAAAAGCAAACCGAGGAGCUUGUUAAACCUACACAUGUCACUAUUACAGGCAUGGUAUUCUUCGGGAGGCGGGAUCGAGUCGAGUCGAUGAAUUGCUAUGUUGAGAAGAAUCUGAUCGAAAAUGGCGGAUGGUUGGACGAGGUGUGGUGGUACGCCAACACGAAAAAUGAAGAUGAUCUCAAAUAUCUCGACGAGAUAAUUGCGAGGUCCCCCCGCUAUAAGAAAAUUCCCUUGGACAAACCUGUGCAAUGGCCAGACUAUACAAAACUCUGGAGGCGGGUGGAGCGGGGUACGAUCUACGUCAAGCUUGAUGAUGAUAUUGUUUGGCUCGCGGACGAUGCCAUCGCACACAUGGUCACGACCAAACUAAAAUACCCGGACAGCUUCGCCGUCUCCGCGAACGUCAUCAACAGCCCUCCCUUGUCUUUCAUUCACUUUCAUCAAGGUGCUCUACACCCGUACUUCCCCGAGCUCGAAUCAGAUCCGACUCGCAAGCACCGCAGUGGCUCCGAAAACUGGCGCCCUUCCAGCCACCCCUUCUGGUCCGGUGCAAGCAACUUCGAGUGGCCGCUGGAUAAAGACCCGCCGCCCGGGGGUACACAUCGCUGGCUCCGUGUCGACGACGACAAGGCCCUCCACCGCACCCCAGUCGCGAAGUUGACUUAUGACUUCUGGGGUCCCACUUAUGAGAGCUGGGCGAUUGCGGCGCAGCAACACUACUCACUACUGGAGAACCUAGAGAAAAAUACCACAGAUCUAUAUAAAUUCCAACCACCGUGGAAUAUGCAAGGGGAGCGGAUUCGGAUUAAUUGUCUCGUGAUUCUGGGAGAUGAUAUUCUAGAUACCGAUGUAGAGCAUUGGCCGGACAAUAGGGGGGAUGAGGAUAUGAUUGUUUUGGAUUUGCCGAAGAAGUUACAGAGACACGUACUUAUCGAAGGCAGAGCUCUCGCCGCUCACUUCAAUUUCAUGCACCAAGGCGGAGUCCCAUCGACGGAUUUACUCUCUAGGUAUAACGAGUACGCGCACGAAUACAUAUGUAAACCACGAAAUAAGCCAAACUAGCGGUAACCGCGCAGAGGGUAUCAUAAACAUCUAUAUAUAUAUAAUCAUAUCAUGCCAUUUUUCUUCUUACAGACACCAUUUUCUACCCCCUAACUUUAAUAUAUGUCAUGGGCGAGGCAUUUCACUGCCUGCUUGUCUGCCUUUCCCGAUUUCAUUUUUUCUCCUACCUAUCACUUUUCUCAUCCUCUCAAUUUCUUUGCAAUUUCUUUUUUGUUUAUGUACCAACUUACCAACUUAUUUAUUUACUCCAUUUUUCGUAUAUAAGCUCAUCAUUAUUUGUCAUUGGAUUCAUGCGUGGGAUCUAGAUGGUUUUACAAAUAUCAUCCCCAAAAGGUAUUUGAAACAACUCUUUCCUGCCGCUUUUUCGAUUUCUUUGUCUAACUACAGAGUACGGAGUACUGAACUAGUCAAACAGUGGAUGAGUUUUCUCUUGAAACAUGGUCUAGGCAGGUAUUCCUAUCAGAUCACCUGAACACCAGCGCAACUGAUAACAAUGAAUUAUGGCUGGCAUAGUGUUAUAUGGUUCAGAUUUUUUGUAAGCUUGUGACUGAAGAGACCGUUGAUAUAUAUGGAAGUUGGAGGACGCGCAUCUAAUGAAGGUUUGCCGGCCUGGCACUUUUUCAUUUCUGAUAAUGCUAGAUUAACCAGCUCUGGGGGACCCCCCUACCCUACCCUACCUCUUAAAAAACAAAGGAAGUGUUCAGCAUUUAAGUUGAGGGAACUACCAAUUAUUUUUAUAAUUAUCAUUGUUGGAGAUGUGGCAAGCAGAUGACGGCGCCUUAUCUGUGUCAUGCAUCACACUCAGCCAAAACUCCUUCGCGCAAAAUACCCGAAGGACAGGGAACACAAUAUGCUAGGAGCUUUAGAUGAUCAGGAGUGACGACUUACUGUUGAUUGCGUUGAUCAGGGACCGCCGCCAAACAUAUUGCGUCAGCGGGUACUUCAAGCCUAUCGCCUUGCCUAGUCCGCUGAGGUACCAAUUCCAUGUACCUGAUUUGAGUAGCACCGCCUUAGAUGUUCCAUGUCCGUCCUUGUCAUGUGCGGGUUGGCGAAAGACCGGCUGGUCCAAAUGCUCUCUCUUGAUUUUCAGUUGCCUGCCAACUCGGUGCGGUGGGAUAGAUAUCCGCCAGCCGCUAGAAUCCGGCAGUGAAGAUUCGUUCAUCAAUAGUCAUGGAGAGAAGAUGUCCAAGGAGGUCAAGGAUUGGCUCUCGACUGUGAGUAAUGACAAAGGUUUUCCAAGCAGACAUCAGUUUUCGGACCUAGGCGGCAAAGUAUUGGAAGUUGACCUAUACUCUUGGCUUUUUGUGCUAGCCUUUCGUGUGAAGAAGCGUGAUUUGGGCAAGGAGCAAGUUUGGCCGCCCCGGCUGUGAAUAGCGGAUGAUGUGAAACGAAAUAUGCCUCCAGAGCAGGGCCCCUGUCUCUUCAGGGCCCGCAUCAUACUCAUCAUCUGUCACAUCCUCGAUGAAAUCCCCAUCGGGCUUGUUUGUGGGGCUAACACUGUCAUAUCCACUGUCUGCGAAGCUAAUAUCGUCUUCAUCUUCAUCUUCAUCAUCUUCGUCGCCAGUAUCAUUGUCAAUGUCACUCUCCUUUGUCAAGGGAGAAUGUUCAGAAGCAUCUUCUAGGCCAUCAUGGGAAGAGUCGCUCAUGUUCACAUCUGAAAGAUUAGUUUGAUCGGGCGAGGAUGUCUCCUGAACAGCAGCCGAUGCUCUUCGGCUGGUAGCUGACUUAGCUCGCUUUGACACCAGGAGCCCCCUAUCGUCAUUCAAAGGAAGCCGCUUCCGUUUCCCAGGUCCUAUAUGCUGUUUAGGGCGCUGAUUCAGAGAAAGCUUGAUUGACGGAAAGCAAGCUUCCCGAUGCUUUGCUGGUCAACUUCUCCGGUACAUCCUCUUUGUUCUUCACUCGCGUGUCAAAAGCGACACCAACCGAGAUCCGGAGAUAAAGGACAUGAGUAUACCAGCCGCGACAUAGACACGCUGCUUCUCAUCAGCAUAGAUCUUUGUAGAGAGCGCUCCCAGUGGAACCGGAGGACACGAUACACGUCAUCUUUUGUGCCCGAGGGCUUAUGCUUUGGGAGUCUCCGAAGGCCCCAUCGCUUGAUGACGACAUUCUUGUACUGUCCAAUGACCGUGGUUAGCUUUGUUGAAUCUUCGCUUGCAGGAGUUGAGCAUACCCGCCGGCAGUCCCGUGCAGUCGACUCCGACUCGUCCAGCGUCUUGUCGGUCUUCUUGGUGUAGAGGGACUUGAAGACUCGCCAGUAAUUAUUAAGAGAAGAUGCGGGCUUGAUACUCUCAUUGUGGGUUCUUUCGAAUAGUCAAAAUACACCUUGACACUAGAGGAGGUCAAGGCCUCAAGGAAUUUAUCCUGCGUGGUCUCAAGCUCGAAGCACACAGCCUGCCGCUAGUCAGCAUGCGCAAGUAUGAUUUUAUCAGAGAGUAGAGCCAAACCCGUCAAGCUGCUGCUGCACUGUUGCUUUGCUCCUCUUGUAAUUGUCUGAGUCAUCUGGAGGCGUCCGGCCGGUGGCUUCAUGCUGUUGUAGAAGUAUCUUGUAGACACUGAUUAGCUUGGCCUUGAAGUUCUGGCAGCAAUUAUACAGGUGUUGCACUCUCACCCUCUCAGUGGUCAUGGUGCAAGAUUAAUGUAGACAGUUGUGAGCUGAGAAGGCCACACUGCUCGAAUAUCAGGUGGGAAAGUGGGAAAGUGGGAGCCAAAAUGGGCGCCCCUGUCGAGUUCAAUGGGGGGAAGUGAAGGAGAGGUGAGUGGACAGUUUGAGGAUCAGGCAUUGCAAACUCAUUCUGGCGGCCAGGGAAAUGGUGGCCAUCAAAUACUGGAGGGGCCAGCAAAGAAUGGUGCGGCGGUUGCAUGCUUACUGGAGCAGGGUGAGCUCCGGGUGAAGAUGGGGUGAAGGUACUUGAAGACAGGUGAGCCAGGGCGGUAGGCUAAUAAUCAAUCGUAGAAGCAGCCAGGAAUCCGGUCCCCAAGAGGCUCUGAGGUGCCGUGCAUCACCAUGCAACUGAUUCGUUUGGUGUAGAUUGGGGAGGGAUCAAGCUACCACAAGGCAUCCGAAGAGUACGGAGUAGUAAUCAAGAAAUUUAAAACUAGUCGAUACAUCCGGAGUAUAUGCAGAGAAAUUCCGCGAGAGUAAUAAAAAUGGAAUGAAA